AUGGGCUACCCCCAAAGCACCACCCCCGAGAAACACUCCAAAACACGGAUCUUGGUACAACUCCUAAUCGACACUUCCCCGGAUUCAACCUACUUCCAACACUCUGAGGCCAAUGCCAUGAUACACCGAGUACACAGUGGUGAUGUCCCCGUGCAACACCUAAUCAACCUCAGUUGUCCAAAUGAUCCAGUGAUACGUGACUUUGUCCAGACUCUAUUGCGACUGGAUGACCUGAGUCAUAUCCUUGCAUGGAGUAAUAGUGCACAAAGUGUUGACCUGGUGGAAUUCACCAAGCUAAACUUGACAUUCCACGCGGAACUACACAACAACCAUGUACGUUACAUGUGCCAGGAACACAACGGCCUGUAUAUCUACAUGGGUGACGUAUGGCAUACCCCCUUGACCGCAGCUCUGGUCCGUGGCCUCGAGAAUAGUUUGUUGUUAUCCGACGAAGACGGUGGCAUCUACAUAAUGGUCAGUACGGUGAGGUAUCCCAUUCGAGUGUUCCCCGAAAUACCCCAGGUGACGGCACUGUCCCAGGAUAUCGCCCGGGUGCUCCAGGGCGUCGCCUGGCCCGAGCUCAUCUACGACGGUGGAAACACACACUGGCUCUCUGCCAUCGACACCGGCAGUCGUCACUAUCUGUACAAGGUCCACUCCUCGAGGUCUUUCCUGUUCGUCCCGACCUACGCCUCGAGCCUGUUCCUGCUUCUGAACAGGUUCCUGGACCGGCAGUACGAGCAGGUGUGCAUGAUCAGCCGGACCACUCUGUUCGAGGACGAAAGUGACAACAGCGAGGAACGUGCCUUCUGGGAGAUACUGGGACAAAUCACCUCGACCAGUGAUCCACACCCCAACGCCUAUGCCUGCCGGCUCCACCUGCUCCUCGCCGCCAGCAGACAGGGACUCCACUCCGAUUUCGUGGUGGUCUACGACCUGCUCUGCGGGAUCUUCCCACUGUCCACGUUGCCGUACGAAGGGACCCACCCCUGGGGCGCUCUGCUCACCAGACACAUUGUCCACCGGGAACGCAACAGCACAGUGCUGGUGUCCACUUUGGAGCUACUCAGUGCCGAUGCCACGCUGGGACCACAGCUGCCACGGGUACCCACGGACGUGCUACAUAAAAAGUCACUCUCCGCCAUCCUCUCGAGGGUACAGCAACAGCACCCGUUCCAGAAGUUCCUCGUGGAGCUGCAACGGACACUGCAGAGACUCUUGCAACGUGGCUGUGUACAUUGGGCUGACACCCACAGGAGGUACCACAUGUACCAGUAUGCCAUAAGAGUGAAUCAUGUGGUUCCAAGUGGCACCAGCAUGGUCCCAUGGUCAUUCGUGACAUACUCCAGUGAUUACUCUAAUUGUGUUCUAGAGGUUAUGCCAUGCACAGUGGGUGACGCCCAGAUAAGUGACGUGUUCGUCCACGGGAUGGGCACAAUGUUACUCGGUGACGUUGUUGGUGACAUGGUAAAGGUGAGACAAGGGGGCCAAAGGAAGUUCCCACUGGCUAUGGAUACACACUGGAUAAUGCAAUUUGAGGAGGCACGGGGGCUUAUAGAACGGCUGAAGGAGGAUUUUGACCGGGUGGACACAACCAGUGUGACGAUAAAUGGUGACGAGUUGGUGUUGCUGAGAGAGAAACUUGUGGAGUUGUACCAUAGCGACGCUGGGUUCCUCGAGACAGCUAUAAGAAGUGUGCUACGCAAGGCCAACGCGGUUGGUCAUGGGGAAGUGCAACAGUGCUGGAGCUACAUCUUCGGGAAACUGGGCGGGCUAGAGUGUCUCGUUGGCAUGGACCAGCUCGUGGAAUGUUUAGUCUCGAGUGAUGGCAUCGACACCCUGAUGUCACUGAACCCGUUUGUAGAUGGUCCCAAGGAGCUGCUGGCAAUGGUGGCUGCAGUGAUGAUGACCGUGAACAGACGUUGGGUCACUGCCAAAGCGAUAUCGCAGGUGUCCCAGGUCCUGGAUCAAGUAGAAAGGGGUGUCACAAAAGACACACUUUGCAGUUGUAUGGGUGUGCUUUGUGACCAACUGUGUGUUACUAGACAUUAUGUCACUGUGUCUGGUGAAGGUGGCAAUGUGAAAGCAGUGAUGGACCCAAGGCUCCUUCUGUUCGAGUUCAGCAAUGACUUGGUGCUACGCAAGACGCAGGUGGAACUGCUCAAAGAGUUCUGUGAAGCUGCCGAGAGGGGUGAGAGCAGGUGCCACCAGAUGAUCAUGGGUCAAGGCAAGACCACUGUGGUGGGACCACUACUCUCGGUGAUGCUGGCGAAUGGAAGACAAUUGUUCGUGCAGGUGUGUCCGAGUGAGCUUCUAGAGUUCACCAAGAACGUUCUGAGAGAGACCUUCUCAGCGGUCAUCCGUAAGGGAGUGUUCACACUGCACUUCAGCAGGUACCACAGAGCCACGCCCGAGCUGUACCUCAAGUUGCUCCAAGCUAGAGAGACGGGGUCCAUUGUUGUCUGCACACCUACCACUAUCAAAUCCAUCUUCCUCAAAUGCAUCCUGUGUUACUACAAGUUGAGAGAGGGUACCGUCCCAGAGGGUACCGUGGCCAGGGUGACAAGGAUCCACCAGAGGUUGUCCAAGAUAUGGAACAUGAGGUAUGUCGGGGGUGUGGAACAGAGUCUGGAUGACAUCUAUCGUGACACGCAGCUGGAGUUGGAUGUGCUGCUAAGGAUCCUGGAACUGUUCUCCAGUGGCAUCCUGCUGAUGGACGAGAUCGACCUGCUGUUGCACCCACUGAAAAGCGAGCUGCAUUGGCCAAUUGGCAGUAAACAGCCGUUGAAACAACUGGAGGGGAGUGACCACGAGAUACGUUGGUUGUUGCCAUGGUAUGUGUUGGCGAUGGUUGUCAAUGGUGGACACCAAGAACUAGAAAGUUGUAUCCGGGACGGUGUCGACCAAUGCCAUGUGACAAUGUCACCACACAUGGUCAUACUCAAUAUGCAGUGGUACCGAGACAAGCUGUUGCCAAUACUGGAGGAGUUGACAAAGGAGUAUCUGGAGAAGUACAUGUUGUUGACACAGAUGGACGCAGUGUUGUACACUAGGGAAUGGCUACGGACAACGUUGCCAUAUAUGCUGUCGAAAGUGAAUUUGGUUAAUUAUGGUGUGAUAAAGGAGGAGCAAAUCAGCAGUGUUAGUGUACCGUUGACAAGACGUACUCUAGCUGUCCCCUUCGUUGGCAAAGGCACCCCCAGUAGCCACUCGGAGUUCUCACACCCAGACGUUUUAAUAGGUUUCACGAUGUUGAGCUACAUGUACCAAGGUCUGAGAAGGUGUGACUUUGUGACUGCACUGAGGCACCUUGUGUCGAGGUUGUACACAGAACCCGGGACUGUACAAGAUCGACCUGCGUACACGUUGUUCUGUCAGUGGGUUGAAAAGGCUGGUGGCAGAAUGCGUUGUGAUAAAAGGAAAAAAGAAGUAAGGUAUUAUUAUCUGAAGAAUGUUUUACAAAGUCAUGUUGGUGACACUGUGCUGUGGGACAUUAAUGAUGACAUACCUACUUUGGAUGUUGUUAACGUGGAUGAUAGGGAGCAGGUGGAUCUGUUGUAUGGAUUGUUGCGACGUGAGUUGGAGGUGAUCAAAUACUACCUGUGCGAGAUACUGCUGCCAGCUGCGAUGGAACACACGAGGUUGCAGGUGACCGCGAGUGCGAUGGAACUGGGUACUUCCAUGUUGUUCCCAGUGAGACUGGGGUUCUCGGGGACACCGUCACAGCUGUUGCCCAGGGAGAUGGGUGGAUGUCAUUACAGUCGUGGUGUGGAUGCUCGCAUCAUCGAUGUGUUAUGUGAUCCUGGUGUGGUCAUGGGACCCACUGUGUUGGAGACGGGGUGGACCAGUGACACUGUGCUGGACCUGGUGGCAAGGCACCCAGAUCGACCUCUAGCACUGAUCGACACAGGUGCUCUGAUUAGCAAUAUGAGCAAUCUGGAGGUGGCCAUGGAGUUGUUACGAAGGGGUCUGGAACACGUGGACGGAGUUGUCUAUAUGGACCAGGAGGACAGACAGAUGGUGUUGCUGAGGGACCGUUACAGGACCUCUUUAUUGACACACUGCGGGAUACCACCGGAACGUAGGUUCACGUUCUACGACCAGGUACACGCCACGGGACAGGACAUCAGACAGUGUGCCACGGCGAUGGCGAUGAUCACGGUGGGUCCCAACAUGACCUACAGAGACUACUCCCAGGGGGCAUGGCGGAUGAGACAGGUGGGUCGGGGACAGACAUUGCACCUGGUGGUCCCGAGAGAGUUGGACGCAGUGAUCCAUAUGGACCAGGGAAAGGCACAGUUGAAGAUAGUACAAUGUCUACAGUGGUUGGUUGUGAAAGGUCUGUUGGAGGAUGUCGGACUCAAGACAGUGUUGGAGGAACAACAACGGGGGAAUGCCGUGAGAAAACAAGCAUUUGUGAAGAUGAUAGAAACACGUGACGAUGAGAGUGCCAUCGACACGUUCCUAGAGUACAAGGAGUACGGGGUGGGUGAAGGUGGGUUGGAGACUCUACACGAACAGGAGAUGGAACUGUUGGACCCGUUCGAUGAAGGUGGAAAAUAUGCAACCACGGGUUGGGACAAACUGUUGGCGAUAGUCGGCGUGCAACCGAGGGUGGGUCGUGCCUGCCUCAAGUGGUUCAACUCGGAACAUGGCUACACAGACGCAGAACGUGGAAUACUCCAUAGUGUUUUUAAAGGGAUAUCAAGUGAAGCAUGUGAAGAGUACUUUAGAAGUCUGAGUGACACCAGGUGUUGUCCCAAGCGUGUGGUGUAG